CAUUUUGACUCACUGAUACAUUGUCUUGUCUGCUCAGAGCGCAGUAACGUCACCCUGAUUGAACUCAACCAGAGCUGGACUGAAGCCCAGAGUCUCUGCAGACAGAAUCACACAGAGCUGGUCAGUGUGAGGAGCCAGAGUGAGAAUGAGGUGGUUCGGAGGUCAGCGCGGGGUCACAGGGUGUGGAUCGGCCUGUACAAUGAGCCCUGGCAGUGGUCAGACCAGGGGGCGUCCAGCUUCAGGAACUGGGCAGGAGGGCAGCCUGGGUCAGCAGGUGGACGGAGAUGUGCGCAGGUGGACCUGCAGGGCAGCCUGAGAGGAGGAUGGACAGAGACAAACUGCAGUGAGAUCAGACCCUUCUUCUGUCACUGGGACACCAGAAAGCUUGUCCUGGUCAGAGAGAAGAAGUCCUGGGCUGAGGCCCUGGAUCACUGCCGGAGAAAUAGCUCCUACCUGCUGGCCAUCACAUCUGACGAAGAGCAGAGCUACGCUGUUGAAGAGGCCCGGUCUGCUGAGUCCAGCCUGGUCUGGCUGGGCCUGCGGCAGAGUCGGAUCUUCGGGUUCUGGUUCUGGGUGAAUGGACAACCCCUUAAUUAUCAG